UUAUCGGAGAACCGAUAUCGUUCGGUCCACGGUUCUUCUUGAACCGAACUGAUAAUGUGAUGCAACUGUAUCUUUUAUCAAGUCACUCUCCGACCAGUACGUGCGGCGAACGAUAAAACGCUUCAUUACGGCCACAGUAAACUAAAUUUAAACUCGAACUAACUCAAUCAUGGUCCCCGACAUCUUUUGACCUCUGAAUGGAGUAUUCGACUGACGAUAUCGCAGCAGCAAGGAGUUUGCAGUUCGCCACGUACAUAUAUACAUCGAUGGCUGCGUUCUGGACCUAUGAUUAUGCAUGUUCACUUCAUGAAGAGUGGACAUUUUUACUUCGAUCGCACUGGAAUAAGAUGAAAGGCUUGUAUAUUGUUACAAGAUACCUUCCCUUUAUCCUUCUCGUCGCAGAUCUAUAUAUGAUCUUUACCCCGAAUGAGAACCUAGGUACAUGCGGGAUGUUGACCAAUAUUAGCUUAGGUUUCGGCAUUCUAUUAGCUGUUUGUGCCGAGUGGUUUUUCAUCCUCAGGACAUAUGUGCUCUGGGACAGAAAUAAAAUCUUGCUAACUGCCAUCUUAGGCACCUAUCUCUCGUUUCUCGCAGCAACCGUCGGCAUUGCCAUCGAUGCUAGCAUCUCCGCAGCAUAUGCGACUAGCCCGAUCCCAGGCAUCACAGGGUGCUACCAGAGUGCAACAAUCACUGACGGGAGUUUUAUCUCAUUUCUUCUCAUUUCUGUGUUCGAACUAGGGCUGAUGAUAAUCACGCUCAUACAUGCCAUAAAGGGCUGGCGGAGAACCCCAUGUCGUCUGUACAUUGUCCUGGUGAACCAUAACAUGUUCUAUUAUGCUAGCGCUUUCCUAUUCGCGACAAUGAACAUGUUCACAUCGCUGUUCCUCCAGGACACCUACCGGACCGUUUUGAAUGGUUUCCAGUUCCUGACCCUUGCGAUUUUUGCCGCGCGCAUGCACAUCCAUCUCUGGAAGACAAACCAACAUCCACGUGGCUCUGAUAGCAUGGUUCAUUUGUCCGACAUGACAUUUGUGAAUGUCACGGCGUGAUGUCUUGUCCUCCGGUUUAUUCGAUGUUGUUCAUGGAGCGAGGCUUGGACCGUACGAGAUGAUUGGUGGGGGACGUGUUUAAUUUAUAGGAUGAGUCUGUUGCAGGGCGGGUGGAGCAUUUGGAUGUCCUUGAUCUAUUUGACAGCUGUAGUUUCAUCUACUGCACAUGGUCAUGUAUAUUACAACAAAUUGCACUUGAUCACCAGUCAUCAUGCAUAAUUAUGGUAUAUCAUUUAUCCUUUUUGCAUGCUCUGGCCCUGUUUGUAUUUGAUCUCCUGUGCUGUUCGGAUAUCAUAUAUGGAAGCGGGUAGGUCAUUACACUGGUACACUCAAGCUGGUACAACUUCAUGCUCGCUUCGACCACGCAUAUAAAUAUAUCAAU